AUGGAGGCCAAGGGGGAGGGGAGGGGAGGGGAGGAGAAGGGGGCAGAGGCCUAUGACGGCGACGUGAACACCGACGCCUCGGCAAGCUGUGCUGUGCUGUGCUGUGUUGCGCCGUCCAUGUCCAUGUCCAUGUCCAUGUCCAUGUGUCCAUGUGUCCAUGUUCAACGGCCUCUGUUCGACAUGGAGACAACCUAG